UCUUGUAGUGUUACGUACUGCUUUCCGACUUACUUUCUACUGAGAUCAUAUCAUUUUUGCAUUGAAGACGUCUGAAUGGACGUCUCUUGCUAACCGCAGUCCAUCGGAUCAGCGAAUCACAUACUAAACUGGAUGUUUAUUGAGCCCGUCUUCCGGAUGUAGCUGUAUUUUUCUUGAUGGAAACCAAGGGAAACUGCUUGGGACGCGUACCGUACAACUCUGUGAUCGGUUUCAUCCUUGUUUUCGUUGGCGGUGGGGUUUUGUGUGGUACUCUCUAUCAUGGUAUUUCCAAAGUCGAUUUAUAUUUUCGGCAUCAUUUUUUCCCAGUUUACUCACUCCAGUACUUGCGGAUUGCAGCCGUGGUUAACGGAAUCGUUGCCGUUCUACUGGCCUUUCUUGUGGUGAUUUUUUCCGCCCUUGUGACCAAUGCAACGCGUGGACGCAUUUACCGUGGAGAUCGUUUCAUCAUGGGAGGACGCUUCUCUGCAGCACUCUUCAUGUGUAUCACAUACACAACCAUAGUCAUAUGGCUGCUCUUUCUGGCAUUUCUAGUCGUCCCAACUUUCUGUUGGAUUAUGUUUAAUUCCAUCUGCACCGCUGAGUUGGCCGAUGUUUGGCAUGGUCCCGGUGCUCGGAAACCCGGCCCAGAUGGCCGAGUGGCACCCACCUUCGAUGACCUACGCAAACGGAAUGAAUUGCCGACGGACGACACUUAUCUGGGUCGUCUGGCCUACUAUUAUCCUGACAGAGCCGCCUCACUUGGCCUCGAUCCCAUUCAACCCGAUUUGGGUAGUCGACUACCGCCUGAAAUACCGCUCAUGGAUGAACGUGGUGUUCCCUAUUCGCCGGGUCCCUAUUCCAAUCGCUUCUAUCGAUUUGAUUUUCGUUACGUUUUCAACUUAACCCACUAUGGCAUUUACAUCAAACCUUGGCAAUAUGACGAGGAGUUGAACUAUCGGGAAGCCAUAACCAACUUGAAGGAUUUUGCUGGUUUUUGUGACGAAGUGUCGAUCGUCGGACCGUUGUUUGCGUGCUCUCUUGGCGGCGCUCUAUUCGUCCUGCUUGGUUUGACUCUCUUUAUCGGCUCGUUAUCCGGCUUCUAUACACGCCUGAAGUUAACCAAGGAGUUGACAGAUUUCAAACAAAGCUUCGCUUUACGAUCUCCGAAAGCUCACGAUCAUUCGGCCUACUUCUGAUCCUCCCAAUCACUGGUCUGUCCCGAAUGUCACCGCACGAGCCAAUCGAUCUCCAGCUUCGAAUUGACCCGCCCAAAGGGAUUAUCCUUCUAUCUCAAGGCAAUUUCGCAAUCUCACCAGAUACAGUCACUGUGUGCGUGGUCUUCUUACAGAUUGCAUUCCUCUACUAGUUUUACGUCCCAGUCGCACGUGAUUCGUCUUUUCGUUAGAGUUCAUCUUUCUGAAAUCAUUUUUAAAUGGUAUGUGUCUUGGUUUAAACCAACCACCCUAGUUGUUUCCAUGUUGCGGUUCGGGGCGCUUCCAGUGCAGUUCGGACACAGUGUGACAUUUAUUUAUGCUCUCCUCUCCUUCCAGUUCUUGCGCCUUCGACUGUACUUUUGAGCACUGAACGCGCUUCUAUUUUGGCUAACUGCAUCUAUCGGAUUAUUUUUCUCGGUGCAAACAGUUUUCCACGAGGGUUUCAUUCGUAGUCUAUUCCAAUUUACCUCAUGGGAUCUCUGCGCUUAUUCCGAGGCCACCACUGACGACAAUCGAGUUUAUUCUGAUCUUUUGUAACUAUAUUGAGCACACUUGUAUUUCUUUACCAUGCAAUGCGAGUUAUCUACGGAUCACUUAUCUAAUUGUCUUGCCAAAUACAAAUUCUUUGCUCA